AUGUCCUAUGCUGAUGGCACAACUCAGUUAGCCGAAAAUGCAAACGAUUUGAAAACUUUCAUAAUGGAAAUCAUGAAGAGCAUGAAAAGUGUGAUUAAGAGUAAAUGUAAAGAAGACCGAGGCAAAGGUCGUUUGCCAAGGGUUGUGGUGCCGUUCAUAAAGUCUAUCCUUUUGAUCUUGCCACCCAUGCAAGCUGUAUGGAAGAGCCUGACAGAUGUUUUCAUUGCACCAGUGUGUCAUAGCAUGGGACGGUGCUUUUCAGCAAUCAACAUACAUCUGGACCAAGCGUGAACAAUUUGGAUCCAAUGCUAUUUUAGUCUUAAGUGCUAUUAAAGUCUCCUUAUUGGUAUAAUAUAGAGACACAUAAGCAUUCAUUCCAAAGCUACUGCUGUUUAAAGGGAUGACAUUUCCGCCCUUCAGCUGGGUUGCACUUUUUAUGGGGGGCGCAAAGCUUGCUUUGGGGACAGGGAAGAUAUACCAAUAUUGUAACUAAAAGAUAACAAGUGACACUUAACAAUGUUAAGGUAAUGGUACUUCUAAUGCUUGGUUUCCAUAAAUGUGUUGUGGAUAACUAAGGAGGCCAUCUUGAGGUGUAUCAAACAAAUUUUCAUCUAUUGUAUUACUCAAAAUCUCCUGGAAAUCAUUCUACCAAUAGAUUUGACAUAUUUAUUGAUGUUAGGCUGUACAACUCUUAGAAAUAAGAACAGAAUGUAAAGGAUUACUUUUCAAGAGUUUUCUUAUUUGAAUUCUGCUGGUCAGCAUUUCUAGCCACACAAACAGCUAGGUCUGUUCGUAUAUAGAUUCUAUAAUCUAUCAGCUUCUUGAACUGUGGAACCUCUUAGGAUACAGGUAAGUCCUCGACUUACAACUACAAUUGAGCCCAACAUUUCUGUUACUAAGUGAAACAUUGGUUAAUUUUGCCCUAUUUUGCAGCCUUUCUUGCCAUAGUUGUUAAAUGAAUCACUGCAGUUGUUAAAUUA